AUGGACAGGAGCCGGAAGCCGGAUUUCGCAAAAGAAUCGAGGGCAAACGCGAAUACUUCUAGCAGAAGCAGGCUGCUUAGGGCCUACAGCGACCUGGCUUUCGUGUGCGGGUGCGCUUCCGACGUGCAUCCUGGCGCCGCUGUGUUCGAGCCUGCGGCGUCUUCUGCGCGCGUCCGUCCGCCAUUCCGUAGCUCCCUGGAGUGCCUGUUGGAUCGCGCGUCUGAGGACAGCGGAGUGUGCGCUGAUGUGAGUUUGCGGUGUGUUUUCGACAACCUUCUACGCGGUGCCGGUAUAGCCGAGGUCACGGGCGCCAGCGGGAGCGGCAAAACGUCGUUCUGCCUGUCUUACGCCAACGCAUCUCCGGGUGUAACGCUCUACGUUGACACAUCGGGUUCGGUGUGCCUGUCCCGCGUGGUGAACCGUGAUAAGUUCAUCUUGCUGCGCGUCUUCAGCUGCGAGGAGUUGGAGCUCGUAGUUUCUGACUUCGCUCGUCGGUUGUCUGAAGACGGUUACUUGCCGUGUUUUGGAGACAUCCGUGCUCGUUCCGUGGCGGUGUUGGUGAUAGACUCUCUGUGGCCCGUUGGUCUGCUGGAUUCCUACCUUCGCCGCCGCUUCUUGGUUCGCCUGUGCGUCACGCUGCGACACAUUUCGUGGCAACACAACUUGGCGGUGCUGGUUUGCAACCACGAAGCGAGGUGGGAUAGCUGGCCGAGUUCAGUGGGCAAGCGCGGGCACCGUGGCUGGUUGAGGGAGUCGUUCCGCUCUCGGUGCUACGUGCAUGUGUCGCUGGAGCAGCAUGCCUGUUUUGGCGAUAACUCCGAGGUCCAUGGUAUCGCGUAUGCUUCCGGCAGUUCAUCUGGCCACAGUGCGACGGGUGAUUCGGGCGGCAACCCCAAUUCCGACGGCAGCUCGGGUUCCGGCUUCGCCGUCCGUCGAGUGAUGUUCAUAUGCUCCGGGGGCGAGUACGGCCGCAGGUCCAUCGAGUUCGGCGUUAGCAACUAUGGUAUUGUUCUACAUCACAAUUAG